CGCUCUUCAAAACCAAGGGUACUGAGAGGCAAACUUUUUCCUCCCUCGCUCCGAGAUCUCUCUCUCUCUCUCUCUCUCUCUAGCUUUGGUUGUUAGUAUUAAUUUAACUAUUUUUUGUUUUGUUUUGGAGUGAUGGAUAAUGAGGAAGUUCCAUCGGCACCUUCAACGCCUGCGACACCAGGGACUCCAGGUGCUCCGCUCUUUGGCGGGUUUAAGUCAGAGAGAAGUGGGAAUGGAAGGAGAUCCCUUCUCAAGGGCUGCAAGUGCUUCAACGUUGAGCAAUGGGGCAUGGAAGAAGGCACCUUACCCAAAGUUUCUUGCUCAUUGCCACCCCCUUCUAUCCCACUUGCAAAAAAGAUUGGAGCAGAGUUCAUAGGCACUCUCAUACUAAUCCUUGCUUCGACAGCCACGCCCAUUGUGAACCAAAAGACACAAGGCUCAGAAACCCUGCUUGGCUGCGCUGUUUCCGCCGGCCUUGCGGUUAUGAUUGUCAUUCUCUCAACGGGACACAUCUCAGGAGCUCAUCUCAACCCAGCCGUCACCAUUGCCUUUGCUGCCCUAAAACACUUCCCUUGGAAACAAGUGCCCAUAUACAUUGGAGCGCAGUUAGUGGCAUCUAUAUGUGCUGCAUUUGCACUAAAAGGGAUUUUCCACCCCACAAUGGGAGGGGGAGUCACUGUUCCUUCAGGGACAUAUGGUCAAGCUUUUGCCUUGGAGUUCGUAAUCAGCUUCAACCUCAUGUUCGUUAUUACCGCCGUAGCCACCGACACAAGAGCUGUGGGAGAGUUGGCGGGAAUCGCGGCAGGAGCUACUGUCAUGCUCAACAUACUCGUGGCCGGGCCAACAACAGGAGGUUCGAUGAAUCCAGUGAGAACGCUAGGGCCAGCGAUUGCGGCAAACAACUACAAAGCCAUAUGGGUGUACCUCAGUGCUCCUAUCCUCGGGGCGCUGUGUGGGGCAGGGACCUACUCUGCUGUCAAGCUGCCAGAAGAAGAUGGGGAUAAUCAUGAAAAGCCUUCCACAACAAGGAGCUUCAGAAGGUGACUAAUCAACAAUACAGUCAUCAGACCUGCAUUAAUAAUGUAGAAACUCCAAUCAGAUACAGAUGGGCAUAUACAAAUUAAAACAUUAAAAUUUCAUAAAUCAGCUUCGAAUCAAUGAUACAUAUGUAUAAAUAAAUUUCCCUUAUAAUGGGAAAGACAAUUACAGAGUAUGAGAAGAUAGAGAACUCACUUUCAUGAACAGGUACAUAUUGGAACUGGUUAGUGGAGAUAUAGCAGUCUAAAACAGCGGAAAACAAAGUUCAGGGCUUUUAAGCAUCUUCUCUUUACACACGGUUUAUAGCUCUUUCUGAUCAUGUAAAGCGCAUAGACAAUUCUGAUCUUAUCUAUCUUAUUGUAAUAUUUCUUCCUCUA